AGGGGCCUUGCUGGGCCUGUUGGCCACCUAUAGUUUGGCCCAUCCGGGUGCCGAGCGCCCCAGCCCCCCUCGCUCCGUCGCUCAUCUUGCUCCUCGCGCGAGCGCCGCCACCCCUCCCUCCCCAUCCCGCUCCCGGGCGCCGCAGACCCCUCUCAUGAAGAUUGCGGUGGAGGGUUGCAUGCACGGUGAGCUGGACAAGGUCUACGACACGUUGCGUAAGCUCGAGGAGGCCGAGGGCGUCAAGAUCGACCUCCUCAUCUGCUGCGGCGAUUUCCAGGCUGUUAGGAAUGAGAGUGAUUUGCAGUGUGUUAAUGUCCCAGAUAAGUUCCGUACCAUGAACUCAUUUUGGAAGUACUACUCAGGGCAAGCAGUUGCUCCUUAUCCAACCAUCUUUAUUGGUGGAAAUCAUGAAGCUUCCAAUUAUUUAUGGGAACUGUACUAUGGCGGAUGGGCAGCCCCUAACAUCUACUUUUUGGGGUUUGCUGGUGUUGUUAAGUUUGGGAAUGUUCGAAUUGGUGGACUGUCAGGAAUACAUAAGCAACAGCAUUAUUAUUUAGGGCAUCAUGAGAGGCCUCCAUAUGAUCAAAGCAGUAUACGAUCAGUGUACCAUGUGAGGCAUUAUGAUGUUCUCAAGCUAAUGCAUGUGAAGGAGCCUCUAGAUAUAUUCAUGUCACAUGACUGGCCUCUGGGCAUUACUGAGUAUGGAAACUGGCAGAAUCUCAUUCGGGACAAAAAGUUCUUCGAAGAAGAGGUCAAUAAUAGAACACUAGGCAGCGAACCUGCAGCAAAAUUACUGAACAAACUAAAACCACCAUACUGGUUUUCAGCCCAUCUUCAUUGUAAGUUUCCAGCUAUCAUACAACAUGGUGAGGAUGGACCUACAACUAAGUUUCUCGCGCUUGAUAAAUGCCUUCCCGGACGGAAUUUUUUGCAGGUAAUAGACAUUCCGUCCAAUCCAGGACCAUAUGAGAUCCAGUAUGAUGAAGAAUGGCUUGCAAUAACACGGAGAUUCAAUAGUGUUUUCCCCUUGACUUGGAUGCGAUUUACAAUUCGGAAUGAACAGCUUGACAUUCAAGAUGACCGGCAGUGGGUUAGGAGCAAGUUGAAUGCUAGUGGAGCUAAGCCAUUUGAUUUUGUCCAGACUGCCCCACCUUUUGAUCCUUCCAAGCCAGUUUCUAAUCCCUCCUUAGCGGUUCAUUGCAGGAAUCCACAAACUGAGUCUUUUCUCCAGUUUCUAGAACUCCCAUACCUGCUGGACUCAUCUCAUUCUGAGGGGUUGGAUAGAAAUGUAUCAGGCUCUCAGGCAGGACAUCCAUUUGGCGAUGACAGCAUCGAGCUCCCUGAUGAAGUUGAAGAUGCAGACGAUGAUGAAUGAAGGACUAAAGGUAGGACAAGUUGAAGAUGCAGAAAAUUCGCUGAGGUUUCACUAGGACAAGUUCGUUGCAUCAUCCCUGCCGCAGUGUUGUGAUAUCUUGAUGGUGAUGGUAGAGUAACUUGUAGUACUAGAUUGUACGUUACAUCUUCUCUCUCUCUCUCUCUCUGCGGGGAAGGUUGUAAGGUAUCCUGACUCUUUCAUUGUGUGUAGAACAAGGUUAUGAAAACCAACUGGAGUUGCAUGAUAUCACAAUGCAGUUUUUGAAGACACAAUGCGAUCUUUUUUCUGUU